AUGCCAGAGAAUGCGGCCGUUCCGGUGCCGAGACUCCACCAGCACGGGUUGCCACCGAUCGCGGCCCAGCGAGCGUCGGAACCGCGUGGAUACAACCGUCCACCGCUGUCGGUCAUCAAGUUUCUUGAGCUGUCACUGGCGAUCACGUGCACCGUGCUGCACUAUUACAGCUUCGACGACGGCGAUCUAGUGACGGGCUUCCUGGCGACGGGCACCUUCUGUGGUUUCAUUGUGAUCCUAACCACCAUCAUGGCAGGUUACCUGAUCAAGGCGCACCUGCACCGCCGGCUGAGCAUCUUCUACAGCCUGCUCGGUUGCAGCAGCUUCCUGACGUCCGGUGUCUUCAUCAUACAGGCCUGGGAGCACGCGUUCCGGACGCGCACCCGGGAUCUGGCGAUCACCAAGGGUUCGAUCGCCAUCAUCAACGGUGUCAUCUUCCUGAUGGACACCAUCUUUACCUUCCGCGAGCGUCACUGA